AUGGCAGCAGGGUCGUGUGUUUGCGGAUUUAUUAGUAGGGGUAUAUCUACUUCCGCGACUUUGUUACGUCAGAAAACUGCUUAUGCUACUAGUUAUAAAUGGCUACUUGAUGUUCACAAAAGUCGUCGAAGGGCUAGGUACCCAUGGAUUCCAAGAGAGCCUCCAACCUCUUGUAUUAUAAAUGGAAGAGUCACAGAAAUGCCUGAAAUGCGUGUUGAAUUUGUAGUUCCGUCAGACCUUGACAAGUGUGAGUUGAAGCCCUAUGUUGCCUGGAGAGCUAGUGUAGUUGAGCAGCCGGAACUUACAGCAGAAUCCCUCUUUGAAAUUCGCUAUGCGGAACAAGUAAAACAACUCCAUAAGGCCGGUAAUACUGUGGAGGAAAUUACUUUGCAUAAUAUUCCGAAGCUACAAAUUCCUUCUGAGUCAAAUUCUUCUAGCGACAUAGAAGGGGCUGAGACCGCUAUUGAAGAAAAGGUGAAUGUUGUAAUUGAAACGAAAGCUGAAGUGAGUAAACAACGAGAAUCAGAUUGUUUUGAAUGGCAACCUCCGACCUUAAACCCGGAGCAGGCUUCGUUGUCAUGGUCUUUUGAUAUACUCAGUAAGGAGUCUAAUCAACUUACACUUGGUUGGACUUCACAAAUAAAUAACGAUUCGAUAAACGACUUUGAAAUGGAAAAGUCAAGAGUACCCGAACAGGCGAAUUAUUCACCUCUUUUGGGGUCUGGUAUCCAAAAUCCCAUUUCGCCAUCUCUCCUUGGGACCAAAAUGGGAUUAAUCGUGGAACAUGUCCCUCCAAAACCAAAAGAUCGGAAGAAUUUCAUUCGAAAAAAUGUUAAAGAAGUUAAGGCAAAGAGGGCGCCGAAAAACGGGUCGUAUUCACAUUUAAUGACUGCUAGACUGCAACCUUCUGUGGAAAGUCCUUCCAAUAUUGAAAGUAAAACCUUGAGUAACCUUCCUGUUUAUGGUAGUGACCAAUCAGCUAUUCCAACGGUGACGUUGAAGCACCUCCUUCAAGAGCAAAGAAUGGAUCUAAUUCAAGCUGUUGAUGAUUUUAUGAGAGAAAGCUAUCAAGUGACAACUUCACUAUCAGUAUCACCAAAUGAGAUAGAGACCAAACCCUUUUCGCAACCAAAAAUACAGCGACGUCCGGUGAAAGUUAUGAACUUCAAGAACUUGGACAAGCAUGCUAGAAACGGAGCGAAACAUGAGCAGCCAAAGGACUUGGAUUAUUUAUUAAAUACAUCGUGGCGACAUGAAUUUUCCUCGCUGGCACAUGAGACAACCUCUUUGACUUUUCCAAAAUCCUCCGAAAUAUCAAUUCCAUUUGAAGCUAUCACUCCACGUGCUCAAGAAAAACCAAAAUCUUUCUCAAACUUUAAAAAUUUUGAGAUUGCUCAAAGUCAAGUUAUCCCAGAGAAGGCCAAAUCUAAACGUGAAAUUGUAGGUGCUUUAAGUUGUUGGGUGAACCAUUUUGUUCAAUUUACUUAA